AUGAGGUUAGCCGUGGUCGUAGCCAUACUUGUCCGCUGUUUCCUGGUGGCAUGCUCCCCCGGUGACAAUCUAGACGAGUUCAUUGACUGCACCUACGCUUGUGAAUAUGCCAGACUAUGUCCGAACUCGCAAAUAAACUAUAUCGACCCAGAAACAAACAUGUUCCACGAUAUCAAGUUUUUCGACACGCCGGCUCUGUAUUCGGAUUUCCUGCUCUGGGAUUGUAUUUCCGAUUGUGAUUACCAAUGCCAGCAUAUUAUUACACGCUGGAGGAUUGAAGAGGAGGAGGAAGUUUAUCAGUUCCACGGUAAGUGGCCGUUUUUGAGAGUUUUGGGUACGCAAGAAUUCUUUUCCACCAUAUUCAGUAUAGCAAAUUUUUUCCCACAUUACAAGGCAUUUGUGAGGUUUUCUAAAAUGCUACGUGAGACUGGAGACCGGAGAAGAGUACGCAGUAGAAGCACAUUACUAUGGAACUAUCUCUAUGUGGCGGCGGCGGGGAUGUUGGCAUGGACUGCAAGUUCGGUCUUCCAUUGUCGUGAUUUGGUCAUAACGGAGAAACUCGAUUACUUCUUUGCAGGUGCCACUGUUUUGGCAGGGUUCCAUGCAAUAUUUGCAAGAAUCACCUCUUUGUACUUGUACCCUAAGAUUGCACAGGUGUUCACCAGAUCCGUUGCGGUAAUAUUUUCCCUGCACAUUCUUCGACUUUACAUUGAUUGGUCGUACACAUACAACAUGAGGUUUAACAUUUUUUUCGGUAUCUUACAAUAUAUCUUAUUGAUACUGUUAUCUUGUCAAAACUACCACGCACUAAGAAAGCAAAAUGAAAGGGGCGAAUUCAAGAAUACCGCAUACGCUAGUUUCAAGGGACAGAUGUUCAAGUUGUGUUGCGUCCCCGUGGCCCUUGUUGUGGUUACCGCGAUGGCAAUGUCGCUAGAGUUAUUCGAUUUUYUCAGCUACGAAUGGCAGAUCGACGCCCACGCUAUAUGGCAUCUGUGCACCAUAUGGCCCUCGUGGGUGCUAUAUGACUUUUUCCUUGAGGAUUAUGCCUACUGGGGCAACAACUAA